AUGUGGAGACUCAUCGUCAGGCUGUGGGUCAUGAGCUCGACGUUACUCGCCUCUCAUGUCUCGCCGAGACAGGAAGAAGAAGGAAGAAUCUGGACAGAGCCUCAGGACUCAAGCGACGGCGGAUUCAUCUUCCCAGUAACGUACCCGAUCGAUUUCCGCGAAGGCUCCAGCAUCAAUAUAUCAUGGUCGACCACGUACGAAAACAUCAAUUUAUACUUUUACCAAAGAGGCAAGGUCGCGAAUUCGGUGCAGCUCGCUGCAAGUCAGUGGUACCAAUGGGAGGUACGCGCGGAAGAGACCAACCUGACCAACCCCUUCGUCUUUAGAGUCGUCAACGCCCAGGGCACCGAUGAGGAGCAAAGAAUAGAUGGCUUUUGGAGUACUAGCUGGUACAUCAAACGGACUGCUGUCGCAAGCGAAUCGGAAGCAUUUUCGUCUUCGUCUUCGUCCUUGUCGUUGUCAACUUCGUCAGUCACGCUAGACCCGAUUUCUUCGCCACCAACAACAUCGUCAACAAGUACCUCGUCGACCACAUCAGCAACAGAUACCCUGGCAACAUUGGCCUCAGAUGGAGCAAAAGACACGGAAGACAAGGGUAUCGGCAAGAACACCAUAAUCGGUCUGACGGUCGGGCUCGUGGUCGCGGGUAUCCUCAUCAUUGUGGGAGUGGUAUUUUGCCUUCGAAAACGCCGGAAAGACAAGACUGCUUCAACUCCUGCGCCAGUCCCCGCCGUUUCCUACCUCGAUAACGUCCCCGCUCAAAAGCAGUCUGGUUAUCAUGCAGCGCAUGAGGUCUUUGCGCCGCCUUCCGAGUUGCAGGGCGCGCCACCACUCUACGAGCUUCCUGGUCAUAGAUCGUAG